GGGAUAUAUGGUCAGGAAGGAGGGAGGGGGAGAGAAUAUAUGUCUGAGCCUGCUAGGGUUGCAGGGAGGAGGGGCAGAGCAGGCCAAGCCAUCCCCACCUGCCAGCUUCCUGUCUUUCCCUACUGAUGAAUAGGGGAUACUAAUGGCCAGAUUUUCCAUUCCCUCUGCAGUCACUCAAUUAAAAAAAGAUAGAGGGCGAGGGCCUGGGGGAGGGGCAAGAAGCCUCUGGUUAUAAAGCCUGUGGCUGAGGGGGUGGAAGCACCAAGCUUGGCCUCCUCCCAUCAUCCCCAGCCAGAUUUAGCUGCUGACAGCUGCUGGGGACCCUGCCGCCAGGCCCCGGCCCGGACAGCCAGCUCUCCUCUCUCUCAGUGAGUCCUGAGCCACAGCCCCUCCAUGGCCGAGAAAGAAGAAGCCGCUGCAGCCGCAGCACCCACCUCUCAGAAUGGGGAGGACGCGGAGAACCUGGAGGACCCCGAGAAGCUGAAGGAGCUGAUUGAGCUGCCGCCCUUUGAGAUCGUCACAGGAGAACGGCUGCCUGUCAACUUUUUUAAGUUCCAGUUCCGGAAUGUGGAAUACAGCUCUGGACGGAACAAGACCUUCCUCUGCUAUGUGGUUGAAGCGCAGGGCAAGGGAGGCCAAGUCCAGGCAUCUCGGGGAUACCUGGAAGAUGAGCAUGCUGCUGCCCAUGCCGAGGAAGCCUUCUUCAACACCAUCCUGCCAGCCUUUGACCCAGCCCUGCGGUACAACGUCACCUGGUAUGUGUCCUCCAGCCCCUGUGCAGCAUGCGCUGACCGCAUCAUCAAAACCCUUAACAAGACCAAGAACCUGCGCCUGCUCAUUCUGGUGGGGCGGCUCUUCAUGUGGGAGGAGCCGGAGAUCCAGGCAGCUCUGAAGAAGCUGAAGGAGGCUGGCUGCAAACUGCGCAUCAUGAAGCCCCAGGACUUCGACUAUGUCUGGCAGAAUUUUGUGGAGCAAGAAGAGGGCCAGUCCAAGGCCUUUGAGCCCUGGGAGGACAUUCAGGAGAACUUCCAAUAUUAUGAGGAGAAGUUGGCAGACAUCCUGAAGUAGGCCACUGGGCUUGGCCUCACGUCUGCCUGCUGCUACCGAGAGACAGCAGUGACAUGUAUGGCCACCUGGGACAUAGCUGUCCUCCUAAUACCACUUGGAGCCAGACAACACUCAACAUCACCCAAUCCAACUGGACAAGGCCUUCGGAGGACUCAAAAUACACUUCUCAUGCUGUAAUUCGCUUAGGCUGUGGUUCUUUCUAUAAGGCUGCUGUUAGGGUGGUGAAAAGUGAGCUGCAAGAAAUGUAACCACAUAUGGGUAUCAGGCAUCUUGGGGCUGAAGGUCCCAGUUACUCCUCAAGAAGGGCUACUUAAUACAAAGAGCCUCAGACCCAAGGUGCAGCUCUCUGAAAUAUGCCCAGAAAUGGAUUUUACAUUGUUUAUUUUUUAAGAAAAAAACUGCAGCAUUAAUAAAAGGACUGGUGUCUUUUUUGUGGCCAAUAAAUUAGAUAUAUGGGACUUAUCAUGGAUGGUGAACAAACCCAGAAACCAAGCCAUAAUAUUGUAAAGUGGUUUGGUUAUGACUGAAUAAAACAAGACUAGCUCUCAGCAACACAGGAUACCAACUCUCCCAUGUAGACUUCCCACUGUGGUCUUCACCUUCACAAAAUACUUUUUUCUGAAAUUACUUGUAAAUGAGGGCCUCUUCCCUUUUCUGACAACUAAGGAUAUGCUAGAAGGUGAAAAAAAGGCAAGAGAAUUUUGUGUUACAAGGUAUCCAUCUCCCAAUUAUGACUUAAUAAGUAACCAGCUUCCUAAGUAAAGUGAAAAGGGUAAGAAGCAGGGAGAUACCAACGUUUAAUUUGUGGUACUGGAUGGUGAUGGCAGGGCU